AUGAUAAGAGAUUUUAAAAUGUUAUACAAUUUUAAGUCUAUUAAAUAAUUUUAGUUUAAACAUAAUGUAAUUCAAAGAUUUCUAUGUAAAUUUCAAUUAAAAUAAGCUAUAUGAUUCAAUAAAACAGUUUAAAAAUUAGCUUAAAUUAAAAACAGAAAAAUCUUAAAAAUGGCAACAGUUUCAAAUGACGAUGAUCAUAAGCCAUUCAUGUUUUUAGGUAAGGAUGUAUCAAAAAUUCCUUGUUUCCGUAAUAGCUAUUUUUAUGGUAUACUGGGAGGAAUAGCAAGUGGAUUGGGAUGCUUUAUGUUAACAAGUAAACCAAAAAAGGCUGUUAAUGUUGGUUUUGGAUCUUUUUUUGUUAUAUCAACUUCAUAUUGGAUUUUAUGCCGAUACAAUUAUAGUAUUACAGAAAAAAGAAUGAAUGAACUAAAGGAUGUUAUUAUUGAAAAAAAAAGUGGCCAACUAUAAAUUAUGUAAAAUGAAAAGUUCAUUUUUAAUAUAGUAACUCAGAAGGUGUUUUAUUAUUUAAUUAAAUUACUAAGUAUAAAGUUGUAUUUCUUAUUAGAUUUUAGUAUAUUGCAUUUUAUAAUUUAUAAACAUUUUUAUUUUUUGAAUAAAAUAAUGAUGUUUGAAA